CACGCUUCUGCACCAUAAAGUAGGACGGGAAUGAUGAGGGACUUGUAGAGUUUAGUUUUUGUUCGUCGAGAGAGAACUUUACUAUUCAAUUGCCUACUCAGUCCAUAGUAGUACCUGUUGGCAAGAGUGAUUCUGCGUUGGAUUUCAAGGCUGACAUUACUAUCGGUGUUGAUGCUGGUGUCGGUACCUAGGGCCUUGAACAGUUAUAGUUCGAUUUCUGCGAUAUCACACUAUAAAUGCUAUAAUUUUGUGCAAAGUUCAGUUCCGCUAUCUUCACUAGUGCUUUAUUUGUAGAUUAUAAAGUAAAACAUUCGGAAAGAAAAUUGCGCUAUGUAUAUCAGAAGUGGGCGUGGUUGUGAACCGAUUUACCCCAUCUAUAAUACCAACUUUCUUAUGGUGCUAAGAAACACGUGUACAAAGUUUCAUUAAAAUAUCUCAAUUUUUACUCAAGUUAUCGCUUGCACGGACGGACAGACAGAGAUACGGAUUUCAACUCUACUUGUCAUCCUAAUCAGUUUUGUAUAUAAACCCUAUAUUUAACUCCUUUAGUUUAAGAAUUAGGAAAUAAGCGUAUAUGAAUCUACGAUUUAAGGUAAAUAUUGUUCCCGCCUGUUCCAAGAAUUCGUUAACAAUGUCUCCGCAGUUGUGAUAUGAUAUGAUAAAAGAUGAGCGGUGAAGUAAUAUUUUGUCAUCACGUACAACUCACAUCUGUUGAUUAAGGGUUAAUACUAGUAUUUUCUCAGGAGUUGAAUAACCGCGUUUCCGCUCACAAACCGUUAUUGUACUCGUGUUGGCAUUACACUUAUGCAGUACUUUUUAUUUCGGUUGCAAUGUCAGUAAUCUGCACUCUGGACACUUACUCAAAAGUCAGAAUACUAUGCAUUCGAAUAAGUAUAAAAGCAUCUGUUAAAUAAUGCGCGCAGAUAGAUAGUUAACUGUAAGUCGAGCCGUUUCGGAAUAUUAAAAAAAAAUGCAGUUGAAGGAAAUUUUGCUAAGCUACCGAGGAUGCAAAGUGUUAUUUUAUCUGUGUGUUAUAUUGUGUUCAAUAUUGAUUUAUGUGAAAUAUUUUAAAUGGAACCGUUAUCAUAUCAUAACCACUCAAUUACCAACAGCAAGAGGAUUGCCAUUUUUGGGAAUCGCAUAUCAAUUAAUACCAAUGAAAAAGUUUCUAUACGUUUUGGAAUCAUACUUCAUUAAAUUUAAGAGUUGGACGUAUUGUGCAUGGAUUGGGCCCCAACCAUUUCUAGUCACCGUGGAUCUGAAAAUGAUAAGAGAAAUACUCGCUUCGAAUAGUUUUAUGGAUAAAUCGACAACAAUGUAUUCAGCCAUCGAUAAUGCAAUUCCAAAGGGACUCAUUUCUAGUUCAGGCGAAAAAUGGAAGCAUAAUCGUAAGCUCAUGAACUCGACAUUUACUCACAAAACCAUCACUCAAUUUAUACCAAUAUUCAAGGAUGGCACUCAUGUCUUGGUGGAGAGACUAAAUGAUUGCGUUGGACACGGCGAAUGUGAAGUAUUCGAAAUAAUAAAACGAACAUUUUUAGAUAUGGCAAUGCAAACCACGAUGGGGGUCGGCCUUUACAAAGGAAACGAUAAUCAUAGCGAAAUGGUUUUCGGAUUUAAUUACAUGUUGGAACAAGUCGCUAAUGGAGCCAUGUUUUCCACACUAAAACUCGGUUUCUUAAUACAUACGCCAAGAUAUUUUAGAACGAAACGAUUUAUAAGAGAUUACAUAGAAACGUUGAUUGAGGAUAAACGAAGAGCAAACGCGUCUAUUGGCAGCAAAAGCGCAAAGACAACGUCGGAUGAGUUCAAUAUACGAAAGGAUACAGAUAUUUUUAUAAACCGUGCACUCAAAUUUCAAGAUCAAGGCUUAUUUCAACAAGACGAUGUUAUAAACGAAACCAAAACCAUUAUUGCCGGGAUGUAUGUAUAUUUAUUUUUAGUCAUUCGAUACGGUUUCCACCCAAAUUUACUCAAUUCUUAUAAUGCUCGCUACGCAUCCAAAUGUACAAGAGAGACUUUUCGAGGAAACGGAGCAAAUUUUUUCUCCCGAAAAUACGUGCAUUGAGUACGAACACCUCAAGCAAUUCUCUUAUAUGGACAUGAUAAUUAAGGAAACGCUUCGACUUAUGCCAUCAAUACCUCUUAUUGGCCGAAAAGCCGUCAAGGAUGUUACAGUAAAUGGCAUAGAUUUUCCGCAAGGCAUGCAAGUAAUGAUACCAAUUUUCACUCUACAUCGGCGCCAAGACUUAUGGGGUCCAUCCGCCGACU